CGUCUUGUUGCAUAAUAGCCAUGUAGUCUUCCUUCCUUGCAUAUAGCCAAUCGUAUUGCGAAUUUUUUUUUGUAAGAAGGUCAACCAGGGGGAGUGAUCGAUUUAAUUAUAUGUCUGAUAAAAUUGGAAUGUAGUUUAAUUUUGUUAUGUAAGUUUUCAGAGUUGGGUGUCGUAAACGUUGGUUGUGGUAAACGUUGCGCUACUUUCGAAAUCAAAAUGAAAUGUGCUUGGUUAUUUUUGAUUUCAUUUGCCUGCCUUUUCUCGAAGUGGUACCUUGAGGUGGCAGGACUGGGGUAUGAUGAUCUGGAUUUUGUACGCUCGACGAUUGAAUCAGUCUCGAAAAGCAUAACGUCGAAAGACGUUAACUUAAAUAAGUUCAACGAAGCAAUGGAUCAAGUUGAGCGCGCCAUGACUCAAGCAGAACUUUCAAGAAAAAGAACCAAAAUGACAGAUUUGAAGAAAAAUAUUGUUAGUGCAGUAAACGGGGGAAAUGUUAUAUAUGCUCGACGGGCUCUUGGUAUUGCUUUAUACACAGCACGCAAGGAAUCAAAACGUCUCGGAAAGCGCUCCACUGGUUACGACGCUAAGAAAUUCCUGGAGGACAUAAAGCGAGAUCUUGGCACGGAAAAAUUCUCAGAGUCUCUUGCCCUUCAAGGCCAAGUGACCUUGAUGUAUGCACUUGAUGUCACUGGCAGUAUGAGCGAGGAAAUUAACGCAUGCAAGAAUAUCAUAAAAAAAAUCAAUAAAUAUGAUCGUAGUGAGCCGGUUGAUUAUAUACUGACUACAUUCAGUGAUCCUAUUGAUUUGACAACAGCCAAUUACUACGCUGAAGACGAAGUUGGUCAAUUAGAAUCAAAGCUAGGAGGUCUCCCGGCUGAGGGUGGUGGUGAUUGUGCUGAAUACAGUUUUGACGGAAUGAUCAGCGCUUUAUCUGAGAAUCCCAGAUGGGGCUCACCCCUCUACGUUUUCACGGACGCCGCACCAAAGGACUUCAAGGAGGAGAACAUGGAGAGUUUGGAAGUAUUAGCCGAAGAGCUUGGCGUUACCAUAAACUUCUUCGUUGGAAAAAAUUUUUGUGGUAGUGAAACCCAACAACAACCAUUUAAGGACAUAGCUGAGAAAUUUGGUGGACAGUACCUCAGACUUGAUCCACUCAAAUUCACAGAAUUAACCCAAUAUACCAGCGACUCCUUAGAGGGCACCACACCAGUCGUGACUGGCAAAAAUGAAGGUACUUCUGGAAAACGUCGACGUCGUUCAACCAGCAGUAUUGCCAUUCCAGUUGAUGAUACAGUUACCAAAUUGAUUGUCACGAUAGUCACAAAACAUCCUCACAGCGUCCAAUUGUUCACCCCUACUGGUCGAACUCAAACAAGUGGUAGGAAAGUCCUGUCCGGAGUGGUCAUCUUUAGUAUCACGCACCCAAUCAAGGGCUUCUGGAGACUGGUACCACCAAGCACUGACAAAUAUGAAUUUACCGCGAAAGUUAGCAGCCCUGAAAACAUCGACUUUGAACACUACUUCAGUAAGAAUGAACGAGGAAAAUUGGUGCCCUUGAGAAAUCCUUUGAGUGGUCAAAGUGUACAGGUCAGUAUAACUGUGUCUGGUGCAAGCAAGAUUCGAAAAUCAUCUCUGUUAGUUGACGUUAUUGAUAUCGCUGGAAACACUCUUGUUACCAACAAGAAACUCACAGAGGCGGGAAAAAGUGGAAUUCGAUUCAUUUUCAAUUUCGUGCCACCAAACAAACCUUUCAAACUCUUGCUUAAAGGUAAAACGACAGGCAGUAAAAACUUCCAAAGAAUUUCCCGCCACGUCGACUCCUCCAAACCUUUGGUGAUUAAAGAGUUUUACACUUCCAAACACUACACAAUCCCGCAGAAAGGCAGCACUUUUGUCAUAUUGUACCUGUUCAACGGCUUGGGACGUCAGAAGACAUACAACGUUUCCUUCAAAACCAGGGAAGGUUACGCAGCUUCUCUACCAGGUUCACAAAGAUUGGCUUCGAGGAUGAAAGUUCGUGGCAAUAGCAAGAAAUACCUACGAGUGAAGGUUCGUUACACUGGUGGAACCCCAGGUAAGAUCGGCGAAACUUUGAACGUGGUUAUAAUCGUAAAAGGACGAGAUAACAGUUUCAUUACAACUGAGCUUGUACCUUUAAUGAUCAUCUAAGAAGGAUCCCAAACUAAAAAAGAUCGGAUGGAAUCUGUUGGUUAAAGGACUGGAACGUUUUUGGACUUUGAUUUCGUAAAAUAACGUAGUUGAGAUAAAUAUGAUAGAUAUUCUAUAGUGGAACAUCAGAACUGAUCAUGUAAGGAUCGUGAAGAUCCGAAAACACGAUGGAUUUUGGACUUCAAUGUAGUAACAUAAUGUAAUUGCCAUAGAAAUAUGAUUGACGUAUAUGAAUGCAUGCAGCUAGACUAUAGAGGAAACUUAAGUAAUUUCAUUUUUUAGGAGUUAACUAAUCAUCUGUUCGAUGUUAAGUUGAGGUGUCACUAAAAAAUAAAGCAUA